UUUUAUUGGAGUUGGGAUUUACUUUUGAAAGUAUUUAACAAUGACCUUAUUACCAGCUUAAAAUGUCAGUUAUUGACUGAGCUACUGGACACUGAAACGUUUGUCUCCCACAGUGUGACCAACUCAAGCUAGCAGUACUGUUAUCCAAAGGAUUAUUUUGAAAUCUGCAACUGUUGAAUAAAACUGGGUUUUUUUUCAGUAUCUAAACAAUGGCAAGUACCACUGUAAACACAUCAACUACUCCCGGAGCUGAACCAGAAACAGAACCAGAAACAGAACCGGAAGCUUCUGCAGUAGAAAUAAUUGUUCCACCAGUAGCUCUAGCAUUCUGUGGAAUUCUGGUUUUGAUGACGUUAUACAUACUUACUAAAAAGAUCAAAUGUUGCAGACGUGACAAACGCAUACACUGCAAUGAAAAACUUCAGGAGGUGGAUAACUCAUUCUUGUUCCUCGAGGACUUCGAACCCGAAAGGAACGAUUUACCAAAGGUCCCUUUCUUUACGGAAUAUGAAGUUCACGCUUUGGGGCAAAUAUCUCAUUUCCAAAACAGCGUAAGAAAACUUGCAUUUAUUUCACUCCCGCCAUUCUUAGGUUUAAUUUUUUGUCCUAUGACAUUGUUUAUAUAUUCACCGAUGGCAAACUACUUUUGGCCAAGUGAUUCAUCCACUCCAAAUAUAAACGAUGCUCUUGGGUGUUUUCUGGUUCCUGCUGGUAUGGUUUAUGCUAUAACCUUUGGAUAUGCAAUUGAAGAAGUUCAACAGAAGCAUUUUGCAUUACGAGAUAGAUUGUCGGAAGAAGUUGUUCUGUCAAGAGAAAUCAUAUGUUUGAUCAAUCAAAUUGAAGCUAUACCGUCGAAAGUCCGCCAAACGCUUUGUCGUAUAUUGAAGACUAAUAUUAUGAAUAGGAUAUUGCAAGUUCAGAACAAUUUUGACGGCGUCGAAAAUGUGAAUGUAUGGGAAAUAUCAGAUAUUCUCAAUUACAGCAGCAUGAAACAGACUGCAACUACAAAAGCACUUUUACGGGUGGUAUAUGAAAAUGUACAUCGACUGUUCUCUUUGAUUCCAGACAACGGACCACUGUACGAACACAUUAACCCGUUGCAAUGGAUAUUAUUAGAAACUUUGGGCGGCUUUACAUUUCUCGGCAUGUUGAUGGUCAAGGCACAGUCGUACAGAAUGGAAUUAACAAUAUGUUUGAUCAGUGUGAUAUCGAUCACACUAUUGGUAUUUACAGUCAGUGAUCUUGACAGCCCCUUCGAUGGAUUUUUUAGAAUCGAUCUUUCUCCAAUGGAAGCUUUGGUGUGUGACCUUUACAAGGAGUAUCGGAGCAUACUACCAAGUAAAUCCGCCCCAAACGAUCAAAUGAAAUUAAAGUCGUCUUUUGCACCGUUUGGGCAAAUGGACAAGAGUUAAAAUACAAUCAAAACAAAUUUUCAGCCAUCAUUAUUGGUUUGUUUAUUACUAUUCGUGUAUAUAUUGUUUGCUUCUUUUUUGUUUGUUUAUUUUCUUGUUUUUGUUAUGUUUUUGUAUAUAUAUUUUAUUUUCAGUCUGAAGUUGUAUUUUUAUUGAAAAUAAUAAAAAUCUUUCAAUUGAUUGUUUUA